AUGCCCCUUCUCCCGCGAGUAGGAGCGUUCCCCAUCGCUGGCGAACGAAGCAUGCUCACCGCCGCCGGCUCUGCGCUCAAAAUCCCCGCGAAAGAAGGCGGAUCGCCACUCAUCAACCACCUCGCCCCCGAAAUCAUCGCAAAGGAUCAUCUCGGCCGAACAGUCUCGCUGCAUUCCACCAUCGCACUCGGACGACCGAUCGUACUCUACUUUUUCCCCCUAGCCGGUUCGCCUCACUGCACCAAACAGUCUUGUUCCUUCCGCGAUGCCCUUGGAACCUCACCAGUCUUCAACGACCUCAAUGCAGUAGUCAUCGGUAUCUCCCAAGAUCCUCCUUCUCGGUCCAAACGCUUCGUAGACCAACAUGAUUUGCCCUUUACAAUAUUGCACGACGAGAACCGUCAGAUUAUGAACACCUGGGGGGUCGGCAGAGCCUUGUUCGGCUUGAUAGAUGGUAGAUGUACAUUUAUCAUAGAUCACCAUGGCCGAGUGAGGGCUAUGUUCGAUGGAGUUUGGGACUAUCAAGGACAUCGGCAGUUUGCUGAGAAAUGGUUGUGUAGGAUCGAGCAUGACUUGUCCCCCAGAAAGAGGUUUUAUUUGCAACAUCAGGCCGAGCAGGCAGCCGCAUGCGAUGCUAUCACCAGCAAUGUCAAGGUUGUCUAUGGAGAUCUAGUGCCCGGCAGAGGCAUAGCUGCUGCACCGAGGUUUGGUGCUGCUUUGAGUGCCGACAAGGUUAAGAAGGCUAGCUCCAAACAGUUACCGUCACCAGCAUCAGGAGACAAGGAUGCAGGUGCCUUGUCGAUCGCCGCCGAAGCAAAUGCUAAUGGUUCCAUUAGAAGCCAUAAAUCCAAGAAAACCCUCAAGGCUUGGUUGAGACCUUCCCCCUCAAGCACAGGUGUCUACGAUGAACCAUUGCACGUCGACUACAAGUUGGCAAAUAGGAGCUUCGACCAUGUGCCAAGAAAGAGAUGCGUUAGUCCCAAUCCGGCUGCAAGGUCGACAGACAAAGUGGCUGCAAGAGUUCGAUCUAUGCGAUUAGACGAUUUGACGACGCAACAACAAGCCAAUGCGAGCGAGUAUGCAGAUCGCAGUCCACGUUCCAGACAAGAAUCAGGUUCCGGAUCUGGUUGGGCUACUCCUUCCACCAUCUCUGCUCGAUCCAUUUCUACCGGUGAAACGAGCCACACCUCACCCGGCCCUGACUCGAGAGACUCUGGACAUGCAGCCACCCUAGUAGCGGCACUCAAGAAUGCCAACAAGAGCGAGUUGCAACGCUCGAGUGCAACUUGUCGCCGCAUCGCUUCGCAAGGUGCAGUUGCGGUAGCAACGGUGAUUCCAAGUGCUAGAUCCAGUUCCUUGCUCAACAAGGUAUCGUUAGAAAACGCUUCUCAAACAUCCAAGGAGCAAGAUUCAAUAACCCUCUACGCGAACGGCAAUAUCGCCAGAAUGCCAUUAAAGCCAGCUGUGAAUGGAGGCGAGACAAGUGCAGAUAGCAUGCUUACAGUCUUGGAUCGUCGUAAUGGUGCAGGUGGGCAGCGGUCGAACGAGGUUUCGAAUGAUAGCAAAUAUGCUUCUUCUACAUCGUCACUUCCUGUUCCGCCCAGAUCGACUACGAGGAAUGGUGGUGCGGGAGGAGCAGUAGCUGCAGCCGCUAGUGCUAGGUUGCAGAAACAAUCUCGUUUUCCCCUCCACCCCUCCUCUACUUGCCCUGAUCAUGAUAAUGAUCGCGAGGAGGAAGAGGAGGGGUAUGCGACCGAUCGAGCCACCACCACCACCUCCACCACUAAUCCUGGUCUAGGAAUUAGACGAGUGACCCCUGACAAGCACCAAAACACAACUUUCGGUCGCACCUCUUGCUCUUCCUCACCCAAUCCCAAUCGCAGAACUGCAAUCAAACAUCGCAACCUACCACAACAAUCUCGAGUUCCCUCAUACGCUCCUCCCCCCCUACCCACCUCGAACUGCACCUUGACUAGAUCCCUAAGCGGAGCAACAAACGGUCAUGCAUCACCAUCUGCUUCAUCUGCUUCAACAAACCCACACGAUUCCCCCACAGCCGGCGGAAUGGAUGCGGAAAACGGCAAGAGGAGAUCAAGCAGUACGCCCUCUCCCGCACCUAGUGCCAUGCCGACGUUCAACGAUGGUACGAGCAUUGCAGGUGCCAGUGAGUAUUGCGAUUCCAGUCCUAGUAUUGCUGGGUCUACCCAUACUUUCGGAGGUUUAGAGGAGUGA